AUGGCCGGAGGAAGGUGGAAGAUGUGCGUUGUAUACACUGUCUGCAUGUUCCUCAUCGCACCGGUCGGUGCAGACUUGGGGGUCACACUCGACGUGGCUGGGCGUCAGGCAAUGCUCACUCAGCAAAUGUCCAAAGAAUUCAUUUUGGUUUCCUUGGGCAUUGAUCCUGAAGCAAACAAGAGGAGAAUGCAUGAAAGCAUCAAGUUAUUCAACGACAGCCUUUAUGACAUGAUCCACGGCAACAACGCGCGCAACAUUUCUAGCCCGCCAACGGAUCUUGUGGCUAGCGGCCUACAAGAGGUGGCGGACCUCUGGGCACCCUUUGUGGAGCUGCUGCUAAAGAACGUAGAUCAGAUUCGAGAUGCAGCUCCUGAUGUGAGGACCGAGAUUCUUAUUUACGUGUCCUGGGGCAACAUGCCGCUCCUUGUGCAGUCCAACGUUGUGGUGAGUAAUUUGGCGCACAUCGCGGAGUUAGCCAAAAUCGAGACGAAGGGUUUCGUCGUGGACCUGGCUGGCCGCCAGCAGAUGCUGAUUCAGCGGAUGUGUAAGGAAGCCUAUCUUGUCGCCUCAGGUGUGCACGUGAAUUCGGCCGCCAGCAUGCUGGAAGAAGAUCAGAUCUUGUUCCAUUCCUCCCACAAGGGGAUCACCCGGGGAGCACAUUGGGCAGGCGUGCCACCUGUAACGAAGCUGUGCACCACUCAUCAAAUGAGUGCGGUCACUUACAACUACGGCUUGUUCGACCCUUUGAUCUCGGAGAUCUCCACUGUGCUACCAAUUAGCCAGAACAUCAAGACCGCGCACCGACUUGCACCCGAGAUUGAGGCCAGGAGUGGCCCCCUUAUCGACGCCAUGGCGGCCGCGGUGAGCCUCUAUGUCAACGACCCAGGGACUUGCAACCCAGUAGAUGCCAUGACGGCCUCUGGCUGGAAGGUCCUGAUCCUGAGUAUGGCGGACGUUAUGGCCGACUCGCAGAUGACUGUGUCCUGCUUCUUGCAAAUGUCCAACGCUGUGGCCGUCCAGCAAAGUACGGUGAGCCUUAUUGUUGGGAUGAACACCGUCUCAGCAGCCUUGGCCAGUAUGAUCGAGGGCGACAAGGCGAAGAGCAUCGAAGCUGCCCCCACCCAGUCACUCCUGGAUGAGCUCCGGGUUGCAAGCUCUAUGUGGGCUUCACUCGUCGAGGACUUGCAAAAGGGGAUAUCUUCGACCGAGAUCCCACUGAUGAUGGCCACAAAGGUGUCUUUCCUCUCCCAGCAAUUCCAGGACAAGCUGGAAGUGGUGAGGAGCAGCCUCGUCGAACAGGCGACGCUGAGUUUGAAAGGCACCAGAUACGCCGUCCAAGAUGUCCAGGCAUCGGUGGCCUCGCUUCAGUCCAUGAUGCUCGCGAAGAUGACCAUGCUGGUGAACCUGAUCUUUGCCGCUACCAAUGGGGACGCCAGGGAGAUCAUGGAAAGCGCGCGCGAGCUCUUCAACGCCACGCGGGAUGCAUUCCUCGCAGGCCACCGGUCCAUGCUUGUGGGGUCUCCGGGCUCGGACGGAAAGCCCACACUGAUCAGGUUGGCUUCUGUCUGCGAAGUCCAGCACAUGUUGAAGGUCUAUCACAUGUUUAACUCUGUGGUCCGGGACAGCGAGAUGGUGCUGGCUGGAACCCAACAGAGCCGAGGAGCUUUGGAAAUGUUGAGCUUGACAACCCAGACCACGUACGAGCUCACAACCUCGUUUGCCAGUGCCCUUGUGAACAACGACACCCAGGACACUCUGCCAUGCCAGAAUGACACGCUGCCUGCCGACGACUGGCUAGAGAUGGUUGUGGCAGUCGGAGACUUUCGUGCCUUUAGCCAGGAAGCUUGCGCCACCCAGAUCAGUAUUGUGGCUUCUUCUGGCUCGGCCUUCGAGAAGCUCGCCGAGAUCUUGGCGGUCAAGGAGCAGGUCAUGCAGAAGCUCUACGACAUCUCGUACGGGUCGGCCACACUCCCUGCCCCAAUAACUCAGGCAAUCUUCGAGAAGCUCGUCGAGACUGUUGAGCCUCCAGUUCUUGAUUUUGCCGAGUCGUUGGAGGGCGGAAGCGGUGAUACCGCUGUCUUGAAGAGCCUGGAGGUCGUCGCGGCUCUUAACUCACUCCAAGACCUCUGCAUUGCCGAGGCCACAAGAGCCUACCCCAGUGUCCCCUUCCUCCGUGUGGAUGCCGCGUCGCGGCAGAUCUUGCUUGUGCAGAAGACGGUGCUGCAGGCUGUGAUGUUCGUCUACGAAGUGACUUCACUCAGGGUGUUUGAGGUCAUCAUGGCCGAGUUCAGCCGGCUCCACCAAGACUUGAAGCAAGGAGGAAGCGGUCUCCCUCCCAUUCCUUCAGAGCGACCUGAUCUGUUGAGUCAGUGGGCCAAAGUGGAUGUCGCCUCCGCGAGGCUCAAGAACACGCUCAAGAACAUGGGGCGGAAGAACGUCGAUUCUCUGCUGGCAAGUCGGGACGACCUGGUUCUGCAUCUCAACACCAUCAGGGAUCUCUACAAAGUUCCCGACCCGGUUGGCGCUGAGCAGUUUCCCUGGAUGUACCUUGCCUACGGCAUCAUGGGCUGCGUCUUUUGUGGCGCCACCUGCGUGGCUGCCUGCCUUCAUCGGCGGGCUUGCCGAUCUGCGUCUGAUGCUCGGAAUCAGUCGACACAGUUGGGCCUUGCAGACCAGCCGUAA